GAGUCUACUUAUGAAGCGAUUACAUUCAAGUUUUGGUACAUAUAGAUGUACCUUUCUUUCACUUGUUGAGAACAUGUUAUUCCAUUUUAAACUGCAGUGGUUUCAGGUCAACAGAAGUCACCAUUAUGGUAGCAGAACGUAGUACCUGAUACAGGCUGCCUCAUGGCCUCUGCUUCACGAAUAGUAACGAGCGUUUUUGGAGUGGUCUUUUUUUUUAUUUUUUACAUCUUUUAUGCUGAUAACACGCAGAUGUAAGGCGUUGAGGGAAGUGGAGGACGAGAGGAGUCUGUGACGUCACUAUUGACACCCGCUGAAGGAAAGUGCAAGGCUUCGUGUAGGUCAUUCAGUCCAGCACGUCCGCAGUUUUCAGCCAGUAAAAAGUCCUGCAGUGUAAUCAACUUCCAUGACGACAGCAACGGUCAACGAAUGGGGAAGCAGCGCCUGGUCUGCGUCAUUCUCACCGACCGCUGCUGCUGCUGACCGGGCCGGCCACGAGGCUCAGUGCAGAGCUACUCCUGCCCCAGGCCAGAGCACACCGGCGCACCAGCCACAGCACGGCGAGGGCGCGUCUGAGAUGAGCUGAGACUUCUAACAAGCGAAAGUGAGACUACACACCCGAUAAUCUCAUCGCUGAUGAUUGAGAGAAUGUCAGUGUCAAGCUGGUCCUUGCCAAAGCAGAUUCGCUUCAGUUGUGAUCCAAAUCAUCAUCACCGUCCACGCCUCAUUCAUUCGUGACAACAUGGAGCUCUACUUCUGAAUUUCCUGCUGGUGUUGCGUCUCAAACUCAGCAGACAUUCAAGUUCUUGGACACUGAAGAAACUAGUGAUCAUUAGGGCCACUCAUCUGCUACUGUAGAAUACAGAAUUUUGGAGCAAUUGGAAUUUAGUGAUGGUGACCGUCAGGAGUGCUGCUAUACUGGCGAUUUUGCUGACGUCAACCGCCGAUGCUCAGAGCCGUGCACAAGACGUCAAGUCAUCCUCCACCUCACCUGAUGUGCGUAAGCUGCUUGGAAGAAAACGCGAAGCAAGGGUCCUGGAACAAAAAAUAAUUAUAACAGAUCCAACACCAUUAGUGUUGUCCCAAGUGGUGGAUGAAAUUGGAGGCGGCCCAGCCGGUCACUGUCAAGUUCUUCUUUAUUAUGAUCCUCAAACGGCACCGCCUGACAAAGUGGCCAGCCUGCAGGCGGCUUUGGAUGUGCCACUGAUUCUUGUUGACGUGUCCCGCCUUGCUUUCCCGCUCCUCACAAAGAGGCGGCGACGCGUCCCGCUGAUGGAAUUGCUGUCGCACAGGGCGGACAAUCGCUGCCGCAUUCUGAUGGUCUGGUCCUCUCCCAUCUACCAGCGGGGACUCCUGUUGAUGGCUCAUUUUGAACCUGGAGUUAUAAGGCCCCAAGACACCCUGGUAUUUCUUGUUAGUGACCAGCGCCUCGACCACUUCAUGCCCCAACUGCGUCAAAGAGUGUUUAUCAGGAAGAAACAGCCGAAAUGGAGAGGGCGAGGACGGCGCGAUAUCGGCUUUCCCGAAUUUCAAGUUGAAAAGGUGUGCGAAGUAUGUCCUAAAUACUCCAUCCAUCAACUGGGGGAAUGGCAAUAUCCUGCGGGCUGGUCCUGGGCGGGGGCUCAGUCGUUGAGUCGUAGUGGUCUAUUGGGAAUGACGUUCACUGUGUCCUACACACCAUCGGUGCCCAACAUCUUUCCAGUAACGGAAGGCGACGAGCAGCGUCUGGAGGGCGUUGAGCUACGGCUGCUACAGUAUGCAGCAUCUGCCCUCAACUUCUCCUACCGACUGAUAAUGCCGGAGGACGGCGAGUGGGGCCGUCCUGUCAACGGUUCCUGGACGGGCAAGGUGGGGCAAGUCCUGAAGAAACAUGCAGACCUAGCGGUGGGUGGCCUGGUUUACACGAAGGAACGGGCGGACGUAGUACAAUACUCUGAUCUAUUUCAUAAUGAAUUGUGGGGCGUGGUGUGUCCUCUACCAGUCCGCCUCCCUGUGUGGCCCUACGUCAUGUUCCCUUUCAGGACGGAGGUGGCUUCCUCGGUAUUCAGCCUGAUGGUGGUGCUUCAUGUCAUUGCUUUCCUGCUGAGCACACUCGUGGGAAAACACGAGCGACACGAACCCCCGAAUCCUCUGGCAGAGUCCUUAACUAGAGUGACUCGCUCUGGGGUGUCUCUCUAUUUGAGAUUCAUGGCAUGUCUUUAUUUUUGGAAUCUCUUCUUCUGCCUCAUGAAACCUACAUAUGAGCCGCCCGUGAAUACCGCCUCCGACUUGCUGUUUUCCGGGAAGAGGUGGGGUGUGGUCACUGGCACCACCGUUACCACAGUGUUGUCAGAAUCAAAAAACUCCGUUUAUCAGGACCUGGUCAUCGAAUCCAUUCCACUCUCCUCCAUAGGGGAAGGUUUUCAACGUCUACGAGAGGAAGGCUUAUGCCUUGUAGGCGUGCCCAAGCGGUACGCCAGCGCCACAAUUGCCACACGACACACCACGAAGUGCGGGGAGGCGGGACUCCAGAUAAGUACAGAAAACCUAAAUUCUGUUUUAGGGGGGUGGGUGGUGUCUCGCGGAUCGCCUCUCACUCCGUAUUUAGACAAAAUAAUUCACCGGCUGAAGCACUAUGGCCUCCUGGAACGGUGGCGAAAGGAACUUCACACAUUAUUGGUCACACAUGGCCCUCGCGAGUUGCCUUGCCUCAACCCCCCUCUCUCUGGUCUUUCCCUCUCCGACCUCCGCCUUGCCUUCUUCAUGCUGCUGGGGGGAUGGGGCUUUGCCAUCUUUGUGUUCCUUUGUGAAAUAGUGGUUGUAAGGAUGGUACGAGAUCAACACUGGAAGCGUCAAGUGGUGCGACAAAACACCCCCAUUAAUCUUGAUCAGCCUCCCCCUAACCCACCCUCGUCCCCGACCAACAACGUCAGGAGAUUGAUUGCCACCUUCAUGAAUGCUGUUCCUUCAAUAAAUAUUUGUUCUAUGGAUGCAGAUUUCCGCAGGCAACUCAGUGUUGUCUUGAGGGAAAUGUACGCUGUCAGAACAGCCUGAGGAGAGACCCCAGGGGAGAAGGCUGCCUGGCCCUCACCCCUGGGGCAACAGAAGAAUCUCUACGGUCCUACAGAACUUUCUACACUCCGCCAGCGGCGCCUGAGAUGCGAAGGAGAGAAUGCUGAAGACAUUGUGCAGGAGGCAGAAGAUCUCUACCGAUGCGGACCAUCAGGUGGAAUAACUAGAGGAUUCACGGUUGUCACUCCUCGCUACCCUUCACGCCCAGGCAACACCACCACCAUCAAGCCAGUCUUCCCCAGGGAGGUGCCCGUCUGUAAGAUCUUGGAGACUCCUGACACAUCUCCCAAAACACCCAGAAUUCCGCUGUCAGAAAGAUCCUUAACUCCUGAGAUGCUUAACCUCUCUCCUGCCUCUACCCGCCGUUACCCACAGCUCCCUGCUACUGCCCUCAAGUACGUGGCUGAUAUCACCGAUCGUGACAACGACUCUAAGUUCGAUCAUGAGUGACUCCCGGUGGGUGAUGCCUCUCUUCCUUUCCUAUUCUCUUGCUGCACACCUCCCACACGACACGUACGCAUAGCACAAUUUGACACACCUCAGUCUCGC